GAUAUAUAUUACAGGGAUGAAAAACGCUAUUAACCCCAAAAUAUUUGAUGGAGGACGAAUUUUAAGAAGGGUAAGAAUAGGAGGAUGAAAAGUGCAAUUAAGAAAGAAAGAAAAAAAGUAAAUUAUGCUCUAAAAACCCAUUGAAGGCCCACAAACAAACAACCACGAACCAGUACAAAAUCAAACAACAGAGACACUGGUGAAUUUUCUCACUCACAAACCGUAAUGGCCGUUUGGUCUCUUCGCCCUAAGACAUGCCCAUGCCCAUCCUCACCCUCACCACUACAAUCUUCUUCUGGUUUCACUACAACUAAUUUUGGCCAUGUUUCAUUUUCAACAAUCGCAUACCCUACACUUUCCGUCAAAUAUUAUGUCAACGUACAAAUCAAUAUCGUAGACGAUGACGAACCCGAAGAUGAACUCAUCAAUCGCUUCAGAAAAGAGGUUAUUAUGGCUGGAGUUUUUCAAGAAUGCCGACGCCGAAGAUUCUUUGAGACUCCUCAAGACAAGAUCAAAAGGAAAGCCCGAGAAGCUUCUAAAAGAAACCGUAAACGGAGGCCGUAUAUUCCUCCUGCACGGGAUAAAUAUGAAUAUGAUUAUCCAAAUAAGAAAAAGGACGAUGAUGGUGAAGAAGAGGAUAAUUGGGAACUUUUAGAUGUUGAUGUUCCAUAUUCUUGAAAUUUAAAUGUAGAAACAAGCAGAAAUGAAUGAAACUUUUUGAAUAAAAGCAUUUGACUCUCUUCUAUGUUCUCCCUAUGUCAAAGUCCUUCUCUGUCCGAAGCUGCUGCUCUCACUACCCUGAGACGUAAUUCCCUGGCUCAUAACUUUCACUUUACUCCAAUUACACAGAUCAAGGAAAGGAAAACAUUGCUUACUUAUAGUUUUAAAGAUGGCUGCUGAUGUUGAAUUGCUUGUGCGGACCUUCGUUCUGUUCUGAUUUUAUCUUCUUCAUUUUGUUUGUAAAUAUUGCAUAUUGCAAAGCCAUUAGUGUUUGCACUGUUAGCUUUUAUACUGUUUGUUUUAUGAAUAUUUUCUUUAGGCUAUACUUCCUAUAUGGCAUAUUUUACUCGGAUUGUUUA